AAGUGUCGGAACGAUCGAGACAUCGAGAAUCGAGACGUCAACCGUGACGAUUAAUUUUGUUGAGGUUAGGGGAUAACCACUCGAAAAAUGUUGAAACAAAUUUUCCGGCCAUACAGAAAUUUAAAUCAGAUUUUACCGGAUGGGUCAAGAGAAGCUGCUGCAAUAUAUCCCAGUGUGAUACGACAACGCAACGCACGGACGUUUUGUACUGCUACAGCUAAGAGAAAAUGGGACUUGUACAGUGCUGUCUGCUUAGAACGUCACCCAGUUAUAAUAAAGCCAAUGCAAGAAAUAGAACUGAAAUUUCACAAUAUAUUAAAAAAAAUUGAAUAUGAAAAUAGUUUAAAGUCUGAUCAUGAAUUGAAGAAAGAAAAAGAAGAGAAAUCAAAGAGCGUCCAGGAUGAUGCAGAUACAGAUAGAGAUGCCAAGGUGCAAACUCUACAAGACAUUGAGGAAAGCUAUCAAGAAGAAUUAGACAGUUUCAAGUUUGCACCAACAAUUACAGAAUUUGACGAACAAAAUAUAACAUUGUCCUUAAACCGAAAACUGGACAAAAAUUUAUUGUUAUUAGUACAACAAAAAGUGGGUAAUUCCCAUUAUUGGAUACCUCCUCAAGGUAUUCGAAAGGAAGGAGAAACCAUGAGACAAACUGCAGAGAGAGUAUUACAAGACACAUGUGGUGCAAAAAUAAAAGUAAAAUUUUAUGGAAAUGCACCUAUCGGAUUUUAUAAAUACAAAUAUCCUAAAAAACUUUGUGAGCAAGAAAGUUACGGUGCUAAAGUAUUUUAUUUUUUGGCAAAACAUAUAGAUGGAGAUGUCACCAAUGAUGUAAAAUAUCAAUGGUUGGAUCAUGAAGAAUUUAAAAAAGUGUUACCUAAUGGAGUGCAACGAAGUAUUUCACAAUUUAUGUUAUUUACUUAAAGAUUAAUAAAAAAAAUAUUAGACUAAA